AUGUGGCUUUUGCUUAAAAGCACUCAUACAACUUUACAAUUAAAUAAUACAUGCCUAAUACGGAAAAUUCUGAAGAUACCGGUUAAAAUCGACGAUUUAUUGCAUCAAGUUUAUCAAGAUCCGGAUGAAUUGAAUGAAUAUAGCAAAGUUCUAAGCUUUGAAAAGAAGGCUUUAUAUGACUUGAGCCUGCUUAAUCCAAACAAGAGGGCAUUUGUUGAAUUUAAGUUUGGCCCUAACCUGAAGCUAUUUCAUAGUAAAAAGGUUAUUUUCACAGAUAGAAAUAAUGAUUUCUAUGAACCAAUCAGUCUCGCUGGAGGUAGGUUCUUAGAACUACUUGAAAAAAGAUAUAAGAUAAUGAAAAAUACUAGAAAAGAAUUCUUGAGAAAUCUCUUGCGACUCGAAUAUUUAGGGAAGUACACUCUUAAACAGGAAGCGUUCCAAAUUUUUGCAUUAAUAGACCUUGAAAGCAGCCAGAGAUGUUUUAUGCGAUUCAUUUCUUUAAUAAAUCAUGAACUAAGAAAGUCGAAGAAAUACCGACCCACAUUUUAUUUGGAGGCUGACGAUGAGGGUGUUUUCAGCUAUGAAAAUAGGGUUGUUACUUCCAGACUAGCAGGCAAUAACAAAAUUAAACAGAUUCAUCCCUUCUAUCUUUAUUUAGGGUUAAGAUAUGUAGAGGAUUCGAACACCAAUGUGAACUUUAUAUUAAAGGUGAUGAAGGACCUAGGCUAUCUCUCUGAGGAUGAAGAUUUUACUGACGCCCUUGCGAUAAAGUCCUUGAGUAAAAAGGUAUCGAAAUACAUAUCUAAUGACGUCAAAUUAAACGAAGAUAUACUAGUUCGUACCUCCCGACCGAGGCUUUUACCUUAUAAAGAUACCAGAUUACCGCCAUUACCAUUACUUAAAAGACCACUGGAAACCACUUUGAUAUUGAAAUUAGCAUUUUUACACCCAUAUUCACGUUUAGUAGAGCCGAAGUAUAGAGGUAGUUUGAAUCGCAUGGCCAAGAGUUUAGAUGCAUUCGGAGACAUCAUCUUAAAAAGAAUAUCGUUUGAUUUUUUUCAUAAAAUCCUAUUUAAAGAGGUCAAUUACGUUAGUCUUUUGAGCGAUCAUCUAUUUUUGAAUUCAAAUUCGCUUUUUGGGAGACUUGCCAAAAUAUAUGGCUUUGAUAGGGGCAUAAAAAACGAAGGGUUCCAUGAAGAACUCAUCCAAAAUAUGAAUAAAGACCUAUUGUAUAAUUCUUCCAAAACAUUCGACGAGUUGCUCGGUGAUUUGUUCGAGAAGUUUGUUGCAAUCAUGUAUCUAGACGAUCCGAAGGCAUGCGAGAAAUGGCUACACCAAAUCUUCCAGUCUAUCUACGAUACAUUGAUAAUAGACAAGUACGACGGCAAGCAAUUAAAUAAGGCUUACUUCGAGUACUAUUUUAAAUCUGCAUCCACGAAUAAAAAUUAA